GCACGAGUUGAGGUCGCCGCUAGCGCGCCAGACAGCGGACGGCGGACGGAGCGCCGGACAGCGGACAGCGGGUCGGACGGCGGACGGAGCGCCGGACAGCGCGCCGGACAGCGGACAACGGGUCGGACGGCGGACGGAGCGCCGGACAGCGCGCCGGACAGCGGACAGCGGGACGGACGGCGGGCGGAGCGCCGGACAGCGCGUCGGACAGUGCAAUAUGCAGGUGGAGCUGAUGCUCCAGCCGGAGGUCGUCUCGCGAUGUCUGUCGCUUCACCCGCGAGACCGCGUCGGCUUCCUGCACUGUGUGUGCGAGCACGAGGACCGGCUCGGCUGCCCGUCGGCGCUCGAGACGUCGACAGCGGCGCCGACGACGACGUCGCCGCCGGUGGCGGUCGACUGGUCACGCAGCUACAGCGUCUCGGCCGGGCUGUGCGUGGUCUUUCUGAUCAUGUGUGUCGUCAUCAUAGCGCUGCGGGUGCUGCGACGCCGCAGCGAGCCACAGGAAACGAGUCAAAGUGGGACUGCGGCGCGCCCGGCGGCCGACUCGGACCCGCCGCCGUACGACGUGGUGGUGCAGCAGCCGCCGCCCUACCUCAGCUUAGAGCCACCGCCCUACUCGGAGCUCGAUACGGACAAGUGCCCCGCGGCGCUUGCGUGCGGCCGCCCCGGCAGCGGGCUCGCGUCGGUGAUCACCGACCGCGCGACGGCGACCCCUGACCCUGAGGUGGGGGUCAGUGACCCUGACGCGACGGUCAGCGACCCUGACGCGACGGUCAGUGACCCUGACGUGACGGUCAGUGGCCCCGAAGCGGCGGGCCGUGGCCUGGCGUCGGAGUCGGGGGCGGGCGGCUUGGACACAGCACCGGAGGCGUCGCCGGAGAACAGAGACGGGUGUGCGGCGUGACGGGGAGCGAGUACAACGCCUCCCCGAGGAGGACGCUCCUCGGACGCUGAUGCUCAAGAUGUCUGCAGAUGGAUGUUCAGCUAGUGGAUCUGGAUGGCGCCUCUUGGUUGUGUGAUGGGGAUACAAAAGUGGUGUCCCGUUGUUAGAGACCUCCAGUGCACAUUUUGCCUUGGAUGCCUCGCUAUUCGUCAUGUUCACCAUGCUGCAGUGCGGCGGCUUCAGGAGCUUAUCACCUUGUUGGAAGGUUGUUGAGUGUUACUGUUGCGUGAUAUUUGAUGGGUUAGUCUGACAUGAGAAUUCCCUCGGGCUGUGCAGAGGUACCUUAUUCAGUAACUCACAGGACAAGCUCCAUUCCCAUGAAAACACGCCGACCGGCUUCUCAGAGCUGUAUCAUUGGAAGCCCCUGUCGUUUGCUAACCUGGGCCCCUCGUAUCAUGCUGGUUAGCGGGAAUUUGAGCGCACCUGUCCUGUUCGUGUAUUGUAUGUGUGUUUGCGUUUGGUCUCUGAAGAAGGCCACGCUCUGGUCGAGCGUGUGUCGUUCUGGCAUUGUCUUCUUGUUGCAGCAUUGUUGUAUGCCCCAGAGCCCGCCCACACCCUUGGUGUUGUUUUUUUAUAGUAGCGAGCGUGCGGUGUAUUUAUUCAUGGACAGACGUCACACAUGUUUGAAAAAGAAUAUAUGACUCGAACUGUACGCUGACUGGUCUGUUCACUUAAAAAAGAAGAAUUUAAGUGCAGUUGCAACUAGUCAAUGACAAAUAUCGGCUAUCAAAUUUGAAGGUGGGAUGCUAAUUAUUUUUUUAACAACGGCCACCGCGUGCGCCGGCUGUAAAUAACCCGAAAAUAUAUUUCACAAACAAGGAAGCAAAAGGAAAAGCAGCAUUUAACCACCAAUACACCAGAGCGAUGCAAUCGUCCGCACAACGAGUAUGUGUCAGAAGAAACUAGCUCGUGCUCCUGACACCGGCCAGCCUGAGCUGAUGCCUGUCCGGUCCGGCCUGUCGGCGCAGAGAGCUGCGUCCGCCGUCUCCGCUGUUACGAGAGGGAUUAACUCGACAUUUGGGAAGCCCGACCAAACAGGGUGAUUUACGACCACUAAUCCUGAAUGUUUGCUGUAGCACUCAAGGACAGAUGGAUAAGCAGGGGCCCUGACGUCGACUUAUAAUAACCUUCUCGACGGAAAACUGCAGUCAUUUUAACCCGUGGCCGCCUCUAAGGGCAUUGGUACCACCUUUGCCGUUUGCAAGAACCUUUGAAACAUUCCAGGCAAGCCAGCUACACUUUGGAAGCUGUUAAGCGAUCAGAAUGACACGUUGCGACACUUUUAUCCCACUUCUGGGUUAGGUUAUGGAGAUAUGACAUCAUUAUUGAACGUUCGCGCAACUGUCUGUGUUCCUGUCAGAAGUAAGUCGAAAUUUCCUUUCCUGAUCUAAAUUUUUCACGUAUCACGUCAACUGGUCAGACUUUACUCCGUUACGUACUUCGUUAUAAGAUUUAAUGCGAGCUUUUUAAAUGGCUGCGUUUCUGGGUACGGAGCUCUCGUGAAGCAA